AUGGGAGGAUUUAGACCAGGGAGCUGGAUGAAGGUUGGAUACAGACCAGGAAGCUGGGGGAUGGGAAGGUUCAGACCAGGGAGCUGGCUGAAGGUUGGAUACAGACCAGGGAGCUGGGGGAUUGGAGGAUUGAGACCAAGGAGCUGGGUGAAUGAAGGAUUGAGACCAGGGAGCUGUAUGAAGGGAGGAUUUAGACCAGGGAGCUGGCUGAAGGUUGGAUACAGACCAGGGAGCUGGGUGAAGGAAGGAUUGAGACCAUUGAGCUGCGCGAAGGAAGGAUUGAGACCAGGGAGCUGGGUGAAGGAAGGAUUGAGAAUAGGGAGCUGGCCGUGA